CCGCAACAAGAACAACAUGUUGACAACACACCAUUUGCAUCAUCUGCACCAUCAUCGAGGCAGCACCGCCGUGGAAUUGGACAAGAUCACGAAUCUAAAUACGCUCAUCGUGGAGAUCAACAGCCAUGUGGCACUGUUUCGCGAUAUGCUGAUACACGUGGGGCAGGCCAAGGAUUGCCCCGAACUGCGCGAGAAGAUACGCAAGCUGCGUCGCACCUGCGUGGAGGCAUUCAAGCACACCGCCCAGAUACUCCUACCGCAGGUCAAGAGCGCCAUGGCCGAUGGCAUACUCACCGACAACCCGCACUUGGUGCUAGUGUUCUACAUGGCCCAGUUAUUCCUACGUGAACUUGUGAAAAGUUAUCGUCUCAUACAGGUCGUGCCAAUGGAUAUGUCGGGCUAUUAUGAGAACCGCGCGGGGCCCUCGAACCUGGGGAAUGUCAUAAGCCAAAUAUUGUUGUGCAAACAAUUUACGCCCGACUUCAAUGAGGAGGAAUUGUGCAGCAUCACAAAAGACUCGCAGGACAUUGCCGUUCUACUCUCCGAACUGCAGGAGUACAUGCCACAACAUGAGGCAUAUUUGGAAAGGAACGCAGCCCUGGACACCACUGGACCCUGGCAGGCCAAGAGGCGCCAAAACUAUAUCUGCAAGAACAUGAGCCUACUGUGCUGCGUCUCAAGGCCCAACUAUCUCUGAGAGCAGGCCGACAGUGUUUAAGCUCCAGAAAUGGUUCCCAAAACACAGCCGCACUCAUACUCUACUUAUAUCAAUUACUAAGCUAAGACUAAGAUAUAUACCAUAUAAUACUUAACAAUAGAACAUGUUACAAAAGGAUGUACAACCCUCUAGAAGGAGAAGAAACAGAGUCAGAAGAAGUUUCAGAAGUGAGCCAGAAAUAAAAGAAGGAUCAGAGGAAGGAGUUACCCAAUUAGCAUUGUACUAUAAUCAAAGGAAGUGCAAAGGACGCAAUGUUUAUCUUCGUGUGUAUAAUCAAAGUUAAUUAUGCUGCAUAUACAAUAUUAAUGUAAAACGAAUUACAAAAAAACGAUAUAGAUAUAUUCAUAUAUAGAGAAUUUCAGCUAUUAGAGUUCAGCAAACAUUUAUGGAGAAUACAAUUAG